GAGAGACGACUGGUUCGCUCCUGUCCCUCUUCCAAAUAAGAUCGUGCCCGCCCCCGUCGUCGUGCCUAACCCCCGCCUCCUUUGAACCCGUCCUAUUGAGACCAUCCCUACGGAAACGCUUUGCUAUUCCUUCCUUCGAACACCCGUCCCUCCCCCCGCCCAGGUUGCUGCGAUGGUUUGCUUCGCUUAGUGCCUCCGCCGGUCUUCCUGUCCACCCCUUCCACGAGGACACGGUGGUAUAUUCCUCUGGCACAGCACCGAGGCUUGGGAGGCUUCCAGUCCUCUUCUAGCAAAGAGCUGCUGCUGCUGCCGCCGCCGGCGCGCUGGUUGGGGGCUUAGAGAGGAAAAGAGGAGGCCCGCCGGUGCUGGAGAGGCAGGAGCCGGGGACUGGCACCAGGCCGCCUUCCUCCUCCCGCCCUCAUUCUCUUGGCUGGCAUGACACUUUUUGGCAGCAGCGAAAGGUGCUGGAGAUAUCUAGACAUGGCCCAUGAACCCAAGCUAAGUCAUACCAGGCCUAGUCAGAAGAGGCAACAUGGUGGAGGCCUAUAUCCGGUUUAUGAGUACCCAGAGAUCCCCCCUCUCAUCAGUUACAUUCCUGUCAAGAUCAGGCGGAGACACCUAGGGGCACGGAGCAAGACCAGCCUAGGCCCACAUACAGCGCUAAGAGGAAGCAGCAAUUCCACAACAGGCACUACAAAAUUGAGAGCAGAAGAGUUACACUCCAUCAAAGGAGAACUAAGCCAAAUAAAAGCGCAGGUGGAUAGCUUGUUGGAGAGUCUGGAUCGGAUGGAUCAGCGACGUGAGCACCCCAUAGGUGCCAAGGAAGGCAAGAAGAAAGCUUUAACCGGUGGAGAGGUGUCAUCCCAAGCAGGAGAGCCUAGCCAGAAGAAGGAAAGCACAGACGACGACACCCACGCUGCCCUGCCUUAUUUUGACAGUGCAGAGGAGAGCACAGACACUGAAGAGGCGGCAAGGAAUCACACACUUGAUCUUGAAGGCAGCAACUAAAAAGACCUGGAGCGCUUCUACCCCUUGUCUAGUAUCUCCUUUUCUCUGUGUUGUAUUUCUUUCACUGCCUCCAGUAAGUGCUAAACUUGACAUCAGUUACCUGCAAACAAUCCUUAUCUAAAAGGAGAAAACAGGUCCGUAAACUGUCUCACUAGCACCUUGAGCUGAUACGGCAGAUAGACUCCUAAGACUUUUUGAAGAAAACUUCCAGUGUCCUUUGUUUGUGGAAAUUUAAAAUAAAUGUGCCAGUGUGGGAGAAGGGUGGAGAAAGCAGGCAAUGUAACUGACAAAUUAAACCAACUCAUCAUUAAGCAGAAAUAAAGCAGUAGUGAUCUUCUACA